AUGGGACCAUUUAAAGGCGACUACACGCUCGGGUUUUGGAUAGCGGCUCUGAGUGGGGACCCAACAGAAAUGAAAAACAAUGAAAAUAACGAAAACAAAAAAAACAAAAUUACGAAACAUAAGCUUUCGAGCGGUGGCGGGGAGUCGGAGCCGACCCCCAAAGCCGGCUCAUCUGGGGGGGCUACAGCACCACCUUCGGUACGCGAGGCGAAACCGCCUCGGUCUACAAUUUCCAUCUCUGAGGGAUCCUUAACGGAUGGUCGCUCGGGGGGUAAGAACGCGUCGAAGCCGACGCACUUAAACGCUUCUGGGGGGUCAGGUGCUGUCGCCACUGGGAGGGCAGGAGUGCCGGAACCGGACUCCGUGGGGGUCUCUAGGCAAGGGGCCGGACUGAGAGAGCGAUUAAGGGGGGUGCUAGACGGAAUCGCCAGCACCAGCGCGGGCUCCUCUCCCAGUCUUCCGGGUCUGUCCUCGAAGGCUCCCUACAAGAAGCCUUCGGGAAUGCCUAAACGGCAAAUAUCGUCGGGCCGAAAGGCCUACUCCGACUGGCGCAUGGCUACCAAGAUUUUGGAGCGCUAUGGCGGUCAGGAUGCUUCUCAGCUUACUGAGAAACAUCUGAAAACGCUCGAGUGGGCCAAAGGGGUGCUGUGUGGCCGGGAUGAGAAGGCUAAGAACCCGACGAAAGGAGACGCGAGUGCGCCUCCUACGGGUCCUAAAAGACAAAGGUCUCAAGAGGGAGAAGGCUCCCACGCUAAAAGACCCAGAAAUGGGGUUGCGCCUGCUCUGUUCAGCGAAAUCGCUAAGCAGGCGGGAUCAACUACCCUGGGGGUCCUCGAUCGAGGCAGAGAAGAUGGCACCAUAUCCAGGGAAAACUGGAGGCGCGUGGCAGCGGCCAUCUCCUCUGUCUUUCUAAGGGUGGUCAGAGGAAACCCUGGUCCACCUCCGCGCUGUGAGGAUGGUGGGUGGCAUCAUGGCAUCCACAAAAGAAUUGUAUGCGCCGACGAGCGGUCGGCAUCGUUAUACAAGUCUGCAGUGUCUCUGGUGGGGGAGGUUUGGGAGGGCGCCAAGCUGGAAGCCGUGGAAGAAAAGGAUCUUCCUGCCCGCCCGCGGGCCCGUGUCUGGCUCCCCCCCGAGCCCUCCGCACCGGAGGAGAUUGAGGAAAUCCUCCGUUACUGCAACCCGCAACUGCCCACGCACAACUGGAGGGUUGUCAGAUUCGAGGGGUCCGAGGAUUCCGAGGAGUCGCAUCGGCAAGCGCUGAUUCUACUCAAUGCGGAAUCCCUCGGCCCUCUCGCUGAGUCCAGGGGAGUCAUCAACUAUGGAUUCGAAAGGGUAGUCCUUAGGGUCUACCAAUCCGAUUCCAGGGGUGAUGGCUCUCAACCUCCUGAGGCGCCGGAAGCACGUGAGCCCGCGGCGGAGGAAGCCCCCAUGAGCAUGGAGGUGGAAUCCGUCGUGUCGGGGGCGGAAAGUGCUGAGGAUGCCCUCUCAACGGAGGGAUCCGUCAGGACGUCGAACUGGCGUGGCUGGAGCGGACUUUGGAGGAUGAAGAUCCUGCAAAUAAACCUCCAACAUUCUAAGGCGGCGUCCGCAAAUCUCCUUAUCCACCUUGAGCAAGGUGGAGCCGAUGUAGUCCUGAUCCAGGAGCCGUGGCUAAGCAGUAGCGGUAUCUCCGGGAUCAGGACGCCUAAUUUCAAGCUGAUGGUGCAGAAUCAAGCAGGUAGACCAAGAUCCUGCAUGCUCAUCAGAAACGAACUCAAAGCACUAAUUCUACCUAAUUUCAGCAACGAGGACAUUGUGACUGUCAGCCUGGAUAGCGGUGCCGGAAAGCUCUGGAUCAUAUCCGCUUACAUGGCUCAUGAUGACGAGGUGGAACCACCUCCAUUACUGCUGCGUGAAGCCAUAGCCGAAGCGAGGCGACGGAAAGCCGACGUAAUUAUUGGGUCGGAUGCAAAUUCACGACAUUCGUGCUGGGGAAGCUCAGACAUAAAUGCAAGAGGUGAGUCACUUUUUGAUUAUAUUCUAAGUGUAGACUUAUGUAUCUGUAAUAGAGGAAACGAACCGACCUUUAUCACCGCGGCAAGGCAAGAGGUCCUUGACCUCACCCUAGCCUCGUCUUCUGUAAUAUCCCGCGUUUCUGACUGGAGGGUUCUUAAUGAUCACUCCUUUUCGGACCAUAGGUAUAUUCAGUUUUUUCUGGACGAAGAUCGUCCCAAAAGUAUCCCCUUUAGGAACCUUAGGAGAACAAACUGGGACCUCUAUAGUAAAAAACUUCGGGAAUUACUCCCAGAGGCCCCCCAGGAGAGCUUAAGCACCGAAGGCUCGAUUGAUGUUAUGGUGGAAAAGUUUACAUCAGCUUGUAGGAGUGCCAUCGAAAUCUCUUGCCCGCUGAGUAGGCCGGGGGGCAAAGUACGACCAAAAUGGUGGACGGUGGAACUCUCAGAACUCAGGGCGACGAGUAGACGCCUGUUCAAUAAAGCCAGGAAGAGUGGACAACACUCCGACUGGGAGCUCUAUAAGAUCGGACUGGGCAUCUAUAAGUCCGAGAUAAGAAAGGCCAAGAGCGAGUCAUGGAGAAACUUCUGCGAAGCCGUAGAAGGUUGUAAUGAAUCAUCUCGAUUUAGGCGAAUCCUUGCGAGGAAUCCCGUACCCUUGGGAUACCUGAGGGACGAAGAGGGCAACUGGGCGAUGAGUGGAGAGGAAUCGCUUAAGCUACUCCUUGAUACUCAUUUCCCAGAAAAUCCUGCACCGCGCGAACCUAUCGCUGUUGGAAAGGGCGAAUGCUCUACCUCCUCCUCCGGUGAAUUACUGGAGAGGCGCCGACUGCUCUGGGCAAUCGACUCUUUCAAGCCCUUCAAGUCCCCGGGACCGGAUGGCAUCAUUCCUGCGCAGCUGCAAAAGGCUGUGGAGGUCUCGUGCCGCUGGCUCACCCCUAUCUAUGCGAGCUGCCUAGAAAGAGGAUACAUCCCGGGGGCUUGGAGGUGCGUAAGGGUCACGUUCAUCCCCAAAGCAGGGAAGAACUCUCAUGUAUCCCCGAGGGACUUCAGACCAAUCAGUCUCUCAUCUUUCUUAUUGAAGACUUUUGAGAGACUGAUUGACCUGCACAUAAGAAACAGGAUUCCUCGAGAGCGUUUUAGCCCCUCUCAACACGCCUACCUGAAAGGUAGAUCCGUGGAAUCUGCCCUGCACUCAAUCGUCAAAACCAUAGAGGAGUCUCUUAAAAACAAAGAUUUUGUAGUGGGUACCUUCCUUGAUAUCGAGGGGGCUUUCAAUAAUGUCCUUCCUGGGGCGAUAAUAAGAGCCCUUACUAAGCUCGGAGUCGAGAGCUACUUAGUAAGGCUCAUCUCACACUUGCUGCACGACAGAACUGUCACAGCGGAAUGGGGCAACGCCUCUGAGCAGCGUAAAGUUAGCAGAGGCACCCCGCAGGGAGGCGUCCUUUCACCCUUCCUCUGGAUAGUCGUGAUAAACGACGUCCUGGAGGAAUUGGAGAGGACAGGAUGCCGGGUUAUUGCCUACGCGGAUGACGUGGCACUCAUCGUCAGAGGAAAGUUCUUGAACACUCUGUACGAUCUCAUGCAAGGGUACCUAAACAGGGUCACAAAUUGGUCCGCUAGCUGCGGGCUUGCUGUCAAUCCUGGAAAGACGGAGCUCGUUCUUUUUACCAGGAGGUACAAAAAGCCUCAUGCCCAGCUUCCCUCAAUAGGGGGUGUUCCACUUGUUCUCUCUGACAGGGUCAAGUUCUUGGGCGUGAUCCUGGACGGAAAACUGUCAUGGAAACCUAAUAUUGAGGAACGAGUGAGGAAGGCAUCGGUGGCCCUCUACUGCUGCAAGAAUGCCAUAGGGAAGAGAUGGGGCCUCUCCCCAAAAGUGAUGUAUUGGCUAUAUGAAACCAUAAUUAAGCCAAUAAUGUUGUAUGGGGUCAUCGUCUGGUGGAGUUCACUGGAAAAGACCACUCAUGUUAGGAAGCUAGAGCGCGUGCAAAGGGCAGCCCUCGUUGGGAUCAGCGGGGCGCUCCGAACCACUCCCACCUUAGCGCUAAACGCUAUACUCAAUGUCGCACCUGUCGAUAUUUCGGGCAAAGUAGCGGCGGUUCGCUCAGCCAUUAGGCUCAAAAGCUCUGGGUUCUCUUUCAAUCCAGCGCACGGACACUCGACAAUUCUCGAAAGCUUCGACUUCGUGCCGAAAGAAAUGGACCGGGGUCACCCGAGGCUGGCCCCUAAAGGAUCCUUCUCCACGCACAUCCCCUCUAGGAAUGAAUGGAAGAGGGGUGGUCUUUGGAGAAGAGGUCCAAUAAGCAUCUUUACGGACGGAUCGAAGCUGGAAGGGAGAGUUGGAGGAGGUGUCUACUGUCAGGAACUCUCAGUAGAUCUUACUUUCAGACUGCCGGAUCUCUGCAGCGUCUUUCAGGCAGAGGUGGCCGCUAUAAAGGAGGCAGCCGAUUGGCUACGCACCAAUGUACUGUCAAAAAGGAAGGUAAAUAUAUAUACUGAUAGCCAGGCGGCAAUCAAGGCGCUGGGAUCGCUAAUGGUGUGCUCAAAACUGGUUGGGGAAUGCCUGACCUCUCUCUCAACUGCCUCGGAGUACUUCCAGAUCAAACUGAUUUGGGUCCCGGGGCACAGUGAUAUCGCGGGGAAUUGCAGGGCUGAUGAACUGGCCAGGCAAGGCACCCUUGAGGCCAUCACCUCGGAUAGGGAGGGAAUUGGAGUUCCGUUGGCAACCUGCGGCCUGCUUUUGGACAGAUGGGCUCAUGGUCGGCUCAGCGAGCGCUGGGAAAAAACCCCGACUUGCAGAGUUGCAAGGUCCUUCUGGCCGGCUGUGGACCGCGGGCGGUCAAGGGAACUGCUGCAGCUGGCUAAGCGUCAGCUCUCGAUUUUCACAGGUGUACUGACCGGACACUGUCCAAUGGGAACCCACGCGGUGCGACUCAAUAUCGUCACGGAUCCCUACUGCCGCAGUUGCCUGGAAGACGAGGUGGAAUCAUCUCAGCACUUCCUACUCAACUGCCCGGCAUUCGCUAGAUUACGGUUUAAGCAUCUCGGUGCGCAUUUCAUCGACACUCCCGAGGGACUCUCCGGAGUGGACAUCAGCUGUCUGAAGAACUUCAUUAUGAGCACCCAGCGCUUCUCGUAA